GGACACUCUUGAUGUCAUUGUUUCGUUCUCAGUGCCGUGACCAGUGGGGCGGACCACUUUGGUAACAUACCAGAGCUGUGCUUACUUGUCCAUAUGUAAACGUGAUCGUCUGACUGUUUGCUGUUCUUUCAAUCAUUCACGAAAAAUGGGACUUGGCGGUAGCAUAAACGCCCUACAUGGUGCAUAGAACUGUCACUCUGGGUUCAGGCACUACUCUAGAUAGACAAAAUCGAGCAGUUCAUGAUCAUUUGCCGAAAGUGAAGCAGAAUUACGGGAAGGCCUAGCCGCCAUUGGCCUGGAGUCGCCUCACCAAAGUUCUUCCAGCCAGGUAUUUAAAAAACGAUCUCACUACAAUCUUCAUUCUUUCGAUAUCCCAUGUUACCAAUGCAAGAAGAAGUUCUUUUUCGACAUCUUUACACUCUGUUUUCCGUGUUGCACAUGCUCCUAGCUAAUAUAGAGGAAGGCGACAUGAAUACGUUUGAAGGAUUCUCCUCAGAUAUCGACUCAGGCACUCCAAGUUGUUCUGGGUCGGAUGAUUCUUUGCAUUCCGCUCCCGAUCUUGUCGGAGCCGAGGCCGAGUCACUGAUGCACCGGGGUCUCACGACAGAGGCAACGACGCUUCAACAUUCAUCUGGAAACGAAAUGGUUAUAAUCGAUCGGGACUAUCCCUGCAAGAUCAUCGGAGAGAAACAGAUGAGAGGGCAGAUCUGGUAUGUAAUCGAGUGGGAGCCAACAAUAGAACCCGCGGAGAACGUUGGUUGGGCCGCAAUCAAAGAUUGGCAGAAGAAGAAGAAACACGAGAGACAACCAAGAGCACGAUACGCAAAUGCAAGAAGAUAG